AUGGUGGCGGCACGUCGUGUGAUGUGCGUGUGGGCCCUCGCCCUCUGCUGGGCGUCAUUCUGCGUGGCGGCUCAGGAGACGGUGGAGGCGAAAAUGUGUGGCGACAAGAGGCUUAAAGAAAACGAGGAAUGCCAAAAGGGUGUAGUUGUGACAAAAAGUUCAGAAAAUGAGCCAGAUCCAAAAGAUGAAUCAAAAGGUCAGGAGAUGAGCGCACAAGAAGAUAGGGAUGGGUCGGGGGAGGUAGAUAGGAAUGGUGAAGCUUGUCCGACAAAGACCCCGUCGCCUACAGGUCCUAAGUGCACUACGCAGAGGAUUGAAGAAAAUCGGCAAGAUCAAAUCCAGGAAGGGAGCCGUAUUUCCGGCUUGCCAAGCGGUUCUGAUAAGUUGUCAACGGAAGAUUUUUCGGAAACUGAUGUAGACAGCAUACCUGAAUGCCCUGAAGGAAGGGAGGCGCAAAGGCCAGUUUUUAAGGACAAAACUUGUGUUCCCAAAGGUCAACCUGGGAAGGUUUCAAAAGAACCCCAAAAAGGUAUUGAUGGCAAGGACGUGACCACCACCCCUGACCGAGGUUCUCAUCUCAACCCUGCACCACCAAGAGACGGACCUAACGGGGGGCCCAAGACGGUGGGAUCCUCACUGGGAGGGCACAUGGGUGCUGUCACCGUGCAGACAGGCCAUGGAGCCGGUGCUUCAAACAGAGCCUCGGCUCCACCGCCAGCGGGUUCCCCUGCAAAGACGGAUCAGGCUGCCAGCGGAUCCAGUUCUGAGAAAUCUGCACUUGCUUCAUCCCCAGCGGUGGCGGGAACUCAACAGAGCCCGCCAGAUGGUGGUGGCGACGCUCAAACAGAAUCCUCAUCGAACAAAGCAGCGGUCACUCUAAAGGAGACCACUCCUAUUGAAGAAGAAAUUAAGAAAGAGGCGCCUGACACCACCCAAGUCUCGUCUACUACAACAAACCCCGAAGCUUCUGCUGCAGGGGUCAAGCAGCCCGAAGCGGAUGCCUCCACGGCCACCAAAACAGACGCGACCACCGCCACGAUGGCUGCUGCUCCUCUGCUGGUGGCAGCGCUGGCCAGCAUUGCUGUGCUCCAAGCGGUGUGGUAG